GUCGGAAACUGCAUAAAGUGGAAGAACGAAAGUGCUAGCUAAGAGAGAGAAACUGAAGAGAGAGAUAGAGAGAGGAAGCGAUGGGGGAUAGCGUGAGAGAUUGUAAGCGAAUUGCAGAGACGACGGAGUCUUCCACCACAUGCUUGACGAAGAAACCGAAGAUUUGUAUCGAUUUUGAAGAAUUGCGAGUUCCGUUGUCGAAUUUUGAGCUGCGAAACGACUGUGUAGUUGUGGAUUCGUCGGGGAGACCGUCGAACUCUGGCGGAGCAGUGGAUUGUGAUCCUUGCUCCACCUCCUGGUCCUGCUUCUCUCAGACGUCUCGCUGCUCCGGCAGUAAAAUCGUGGAGGAAUGCUCGAGAUUCGUAGAUCGAGAGGCUAAAAGUUUCGAAACCGAAGAUUCAACGUGCAUCACCAGCAGAUUAAGUAGAGAGUCGACUCCAUCUAGCGACUUCUUUUGUGUAGAGACGAACGAGAUGGACUCACCAGUGGCGGAGAAAAAUCAGCCUGAGAAGCCUGUGGCGCCUGCAACUCCUAAAAAGCCUGUGGCGCCUGCCAAGAGUACUGUGGAGAGUCUGGAGACCAAAAUGCCGCCGCAUGAAGAGAUCGAGGCGUUCUUCGGACUCGAAAAGGCGGAGAAGUUGGAGCAGAAACGAUUCAUGGACAAGUUAGUGGUGUCGCGUGUGUAGACGGUGUACAACUUUGAUGUCGUGAACGACGUGCCAAUGGAGGGACGGUACCAGUGGGUUCGUCUGAAAUGAAGGAAUAGAGCGAGAGAGGUAUUGCUAAGGUGACAUAGGGUAACAGUGAAGGUAGCAUGUGACUUUAGCAUAUAUAAUUUUAGGUGGUUUGGCUGUUAAUUUAUACAUCGUUCUCUCUCACAACUGCAAGAAGAAGUUCCCCCUUUGUGGUGUCCUUUUACUAGUACAUCCAAAGAAGCUUCUUCUUGCAGAUUGUUUAUGCCUACAGAAUAAAAUUCAGAGUAGACAUUUUAAACCCUAAUUUUAUCUCUGAGAGGAAUUGUCAAUUAUCAGUUAUCAGUACAGUAAUUCGUCAGUUACAUUUGUGGGGGUUUCUGCUUCUUUGUGGUAUUUUAUUUGAAAAGGGUUUUUGUGUUU